UAUUUUUUAAUGUAUUAUAAACACUAGUUGUAGAAAUAUAUGUAGGUACCCGUAUCAUUGCUCAGAAUGAUUUUUUCGUAUACAAUAUUGUAUUGAUUAUUGUAUGAUUAGGAUGAUCAUUGAUAAUUAAAUUAAAAUUUAACACACAAAUUACAGCGAUUCACUAAAUUUCAAGGUACACUAUAAAUCUACUAUAUGUAGGUACCUACAGCAGCAAAAUUCUCAACAUAUUAUAUUUAAAUAUUUUAUAGUUAUAUUUUAAUUUCGAAGGAAUUGAAACUUGCUAUAGGAAAUAAUGUUUUUUUGUAUUCAUGUAUUACAUUCAACGAUGCAAUGACUAUAGUCGCUUAAAAUUAAAUUUGAAUAUCGUUAUUAAGUUUAAUAUUACGUUUAAACAUUUUAAUAAUCUAAUGGAUACAUCAUUCUAAGAUCCUAUAUCGUACAAUUUAUAUUGAUGGUACUAAUAACAAUGUUUGAAGAAGGCUCAUUAAAUAUUGAACAUUUUAACUUCUAACGCUACAAUCAAAAAUCAACGGUUUUACAAAAGUGACGUGAUUGUAAACAUUGUUUUUUUUCCAUAGUUUCUGCGUAUUAUAUUAUGCGUACUAUGUUAAUAAUUACUUUUAUAUUGUAGCUUUUAAUAUAUAAUAAUAUAACAUUAUAUUGUAUAUGAAUAAAAUUGUAACUGUAAUUCGUUUUACUAACCGUUUUUUAAUAUUUUAUUGUACCCACUUUGUUUCUCCGACAAGACAUGAACUUGUCACGACUGUAUAACGUGUUCAACGCAGAAAAAGCGAAAGUAUCAUUGGUCGGCGCGGUAGUGGUGGACACGAACGACGUGGGAUUUUACACGUUUAGGGCUAACUGCAACGAAGUGUUAAAGUCGCAUCAGGUGGCUGUCAAGGACUUGGACACGUCGCGGGAAGGAUGGUCGGAGCAGGACCCGAUGACCAUGCUGAGAGCCGUAGAUGAAUGCAUCUUCAACACGACGAGCCCGGGUGGAAUGGUUAUGGGUACGCGCGUGGUCGCUGUGGGCAUAGCUAACAACCGGGGUUCAGUGGUGGCGUGGAACAGGCGUACCGGUGAACCGCUUUGCAACGUGAUACUGUGGUCGGACAGCCGGGCGGCCGCCAUGGUGGACGAGUACCUGAGGACCAACGAUAAGUACCGGUUUCAGGGGGUGUGUGGCCUGCCGUUCAGCCCCUACUUCAGCGCGUUCAAAAUCAAGUGGCUACUGGUCAACAAUGUUAAGGUAAUGUCGGCCUAUCGGAGCGGUGACUGUUACUUUGGUACAAUCGAUUCUUGGCUGUUAUGGAACAUAACCGGUGGCAAGAACGGUGGAGUAUUUGCCACUGACUCUUCAAACGCCUCGUAUACAUUUUUAAUGAACAUUAAUACGUUGAAAUGGGAUAAACUUCUGUUAAAAUUCUUCGGUAUUUCCGAAAAAUUUCUCCCGACAAUAAAAACCAGUUCUGAAGUGUUCGGAAACAUUUUUGAAGGACAUCUUAUUGAUACGCCAGUAUCUGGUAUAAUUGGAAAUCGCCAAGCCGCUCUAAUCGGCCAAAAAUGCUUUCGAAGUGGUCUUACGAAAGGUAUACUCGAUAAAAGUGGUUCGAUUUUCACGAUCACUGGGGAAGAUAAAGUUUUCUCAAAAAAUGGAUUACUCACAACGAUCGCGUAUCGAUUGGAUUCGAGACCGAUAUUUGCAUUAGAAGGUCCAAUCGCUUCAGCAGGAUAUACCAUAGAUUGGGUAAAAAAAUGUUUGAAUGUCAAAGAAACUGAAUGCUUGGCUCUUAAGACAAAAGAUAAAUUACAAAAUGAAGUAUACUUGGUUCCGGCAUUUAAUGGUUUGUAUGCUCCGCACUGGCGACAUGAAGCUCGGAGUGUUCUAGUUGGAGCUAAUGAAUUUACUGUUAAUGAUGACAUUUUAAAAGCAGCCAUGAAAUCAGUGUGCUUUCAAACUCAAGAUAUUGUUGAAGCUUUAAAUGACGACCUAAAAAUGUCUAUAGACAAAAUACAAAUUGAUGGUUACUUAUCAGAUGAUGGAUUGAUUAUGCAAUACCUAUCUGAUAUAACAAACUCUCAAAUUGAAGUUGCAAAGUACAAAAAUGGGGUUGCAUUGGGCGCAGCUAUGGCGGCUGGUUACGCACCUGAAAUAAACGUCUGGAACGCUCUGUGUAUGCCAGGAGACAAUGGUGUGAUUUACCAACCAAAGAUGACGGUCGAUGAACGGAAAAUUAGAUUGUUUGAUUGGAGAAGGGCCUUGCGGAGAAGCUACGACUGGAUUGAUUAUAAUAACAGUUUGGAUCAUUUUUGGUUGACAGUGUCUAUUACAAGUGGAGUAAUAUUCUUAGGAGGUUAUUUAAUCCUAAAAAAAUAAAUUUUCUGUACCUAUGUCUUAAA